AUGAAGCCCCAAACACGACGACGCGCACGAGCACGGCAGUCGCCACCACAAUGGCGCGCAACGACUGCUGCUUCUGUGGCCAUCACCAUCGCCAUUGCACUCGUUGCAGCUCUGUCUCUCUGCGGCGCGCUCGCAGUCGUGGAGGCGCAGGAGGACGGCACAGUGGUGGUCGGCAGUGAGACGCUCACUGCAUCAUCAUCAUCAUCACCGACAACGACGACGACGACGACAACCGUCCUGCCAUCGGCAACACACACGCCCACGCCCUCGCCAACAGGCAGUCCCGACGAGCCCAACGCAGACGGCGGCGGCAACGGCGACGAGCUCUCGGUCAGCAGGACCAUCUUUUUCAUUCUGCUCGUGCUGGUUCUGUGCACGCUGCUCGUCUACCUCCUCAUCCGGACAAAGUUCCACUACAUCCCAGAGUCUCUCGCUGUCAUGUUCAUCGGUGGAAUUCUCGGCAUCAUCACCCGAUUGAGUGGAGACUACUGGACGAACGCAGAGCGGAUUGAUCCAACCGGGUUUUUCCUCAUUCUGCUGCCUCCCAUCAUUUUCGAGUCGGGUUACUCGCUGCACAAGGGCAACUUUUUCCACAAUAUCGGAUCGAUCCUAGUGUUUGCAGUGUUUGGAACCAUCUUUUCCGCACUCUGCAUCGGAGCUGGCGUGUUUGGCUUGGGCGUUGCGGGAGUGAGCUAUCCGCUCUCUGCCGUUGAGAGCGCAUUUGUUUUAUCCAAAUGUUCACCUCACUUUUUUCGACAACAUGAUGUGGGCGAGAGGAUUCGUGGCAAAAUUGCAAACAAACACAUUCAAAGUCGAUUUGCACUAAAACGAGAACGAUGAGGUGCACUGUUUAUGACAGAUUCGGAACCAGCUCGCAUCGUGGAUAAAUAUUCGCAUCAGAAUUGCUCUGCACACUCGGGG